UACCUUCUCCCUGAAUGCUGAGUGGGGGGCCAGGCCAGGCCAGGCCUGUAGCGCCUUGUUCCAGGCCCUUUCUGGUUUCCAGGGCUGGGUUCCAGAUAACCCCAGGAAUGAGCUGUGUCUGAGGAUGGUGGAUCACCCUAGCCUGGGGCUGUGGCUCCAACAUCACCUUUGUUCCUCAGCACAGGGUGCUGCUGUGGCCUCCGUGCCCAGGCUGGACUUGGGCAGUUGGGGGGCCUGCAGGAUGUGCUCAUGUGUCCAUCCUGGGCCCCGGGCCCUAGGCAGAGGGCACAGAAGCAAAUUACACAGCUGGGGUUUUGGCUCUGACUUCAAGGGUCAGGAGCCUUCCCCCUCCUUCAGACUGUCUAUAAAGAGCUGCCUGGGGUCUCCAUGCAGAUCAGAUCCUACAUUGACCCAUGGAUGUCAUGGCUACCUCCAUCACCAGCACCUGCCAGUUCUCCACCUCUGGCUCCGUCAAGGACCUAUGUAUGCCCAGCAGUGGUGGGGGAAUUUCUCGAGUCUCCUUAGUCCGUGUUGGGGGUGCUUGCCAGGCCUCCAGCCUUCUGGGAGCAGGCAGCUGUGGCAGCAUGUCGGUCACCUCCUGCUUCUCAGCGGGUUUAGGGGGCAGUCAUGGUGGGGGCUACACCUGCAACCUGGGUGGGGGCUUUGGCUCCGGCUUUGGGGUGUCAGAUGCCUUGCUAGGGGGUGGUGAGAAGGUGACCAUGCAGAAUCUCAACGACCGCCUGGCCUCCUACCUGGACAAGGUGCGUGCCCUGGAGGAGGCCAACGCCGACCUGGAGGUGAAGAUCUAUGACUGGUACAAGAAGCAGAGACCUGGGCCGGCCCGUGACUACAGCCACUAUUUCAAGACCAUUGAGGAUCUCUGGAGCAAGAUUCUGGCGGCUACCAUGGACAAUGGCAGCUACGUGCUGCAGAUUGACAACACCCGCCUGGCUGCUGAUGACUUCCACACCAAGUAUGAAACGGAGCUGAACCUGCACAUGAGUGUGGGGGCCGACAUCAACGGCCUGCGCAGGGUGCUGAAUGAGCUGACCCUGGCCAGAGCAGACCUGGAGAUGCAGAUCGAGAGCCUGAAUGAGGAGCUGGCCUACAUGAAGAAGAGGAGAGAUCUCUGGCAUCUAGGAGCCUCCAGGCUCAACCCAAGGAUAGGGACCCAUCUGGUAAUUUAUUUAUUUAUUUAUUGGGGGAUUAAUGCUUUACAAUUGACAGUAAAUACACUAGUUUGUACAUGCAUAACAUUUCUUAGUUUUCCGCAUAACAAUACAACCCCCACUAGGUCCUCUGUCAUCCUGGAAAUGAAUGCCCUUCGAGGCCAAGUGGGUGGGGAUGUCAGCGUGGAGAUGGACGCCACUGGGGUGGAUCUGAGCUGCAUCCUGAACGAGAUGCGUGAGCAGUAUGAGAAGAUGGUGGAGAAGAACCGCAAGGAUGCCGAGGACUGGUUCUUCAGCAAGACAGAAGAACUGAACCGUGAGGUGGCCACCAACACCGAGGCUCUGCACAGGACCGAGAUCACUGAGCUCCAUCGCUCUGUGCAGAACUUGGAGAUUGAGCUGCAAUCCCAGCUCAGCAUGAAAGCAUCUCUGGAGGACAGCCUGGCAGAGACCGAGGCGCGCUACGGGGCGCAGCCCCAGCUGCAAGGGCUCGUCAGCAGCACUGAGCAGCAGCUGUGUGAGGUCUGUUGUGACAUGGAGCGCCAGAACCACGAGUACCAGAUGCUGCUGGACGUGAAGUGUGGUCUGGAGCAGGAGAUAGCCACAUACCGCCGCCUGCUGGAGGGCGAGGAUGCUCACUUGGCCACCCAGUACUGGUUGUCGAUGACCAGCCGCCAGGUGCGCACCAUUGUGGAGGAAGUUCAGGAUGGCAAGGUGGUCUCCUCCCGAGAGCAGGUGCGUCGGUCCACCCACUGAGUCCCUGUCCCACCUGUGGCAGCCCACCUUCUGCUCCCAGCCAGCCACUGAGGCAGCCCUAGUACUUAUCUGGGCUCCUACUGCCUUUCUGUAUCUGCUUCCUGCACCCCCUCACUCAGGAGGCCCUCCUAGGUUUAUCUUAGUAACUGCCAUUAAAGUUUUACCCAAAGUCUAA